GUUAUAGAAAAAUCUUCUAUAAAUGGUUGUUUACUUCAGCUAUCUAGCCUUAGGAAAUAGCUUGCCUUCUUUGGCUAAUUAUUGGCAAAUUGGAAAGUCUACUGCCUAUGACAUUGUGCAGGAAACUUGUCGCGUUAUUUCUAAUACUAUAGGUGCAACCUAUCUCUUGCCCUCAAAUCAGCAAGAAUACAGAGAAAUUGCUGAUAAGUUUUGGCAGCGAUGGAAUUUGCCCAAUUGCGUCGGAGCCCUUGAUGGUAAACAUAUAAGAAUUCAAUGUCCAGCAAAUACUGGAUCUCAAUUUUUCAACUAUAAACAGUAUUUUAGUAUAGUGCUAAUGGCAACUUGUGAUGCAAAUUACUGCUUUACAUCAAUCCAUAUUGGAGAUUAUGGAUCGCUUUCUGAUAGUAGUGUGUUCAGUGCUACAGAAUUUGGUCAAGCUGUGGAAAAUGAUACACUGAAUAUACCGCCGCCAUCCCCUUUGCCCGGCACAAAUAUUAUGAUGCCUUAUUUUUUUGUAGGGGAUGAGAUAUUCCCUUUACGUCAAUUUGAUGCGCCCAUACUCUAAACGAAAUCCAUUGACUGAGACCCAGCGU